GGCGCAGCCGCAAGCGGUGCGUGAUGACAUCACGACAGGCGACGUUGCUAUAAGGGCGCGAUCCGGCGGCCACGUUUCUCUUUGUCACGGGCCUGAGUUCGUAGGCGCAGCGGGCCUAGCCUAGUCAACAUGCCGGUCGCCAGAAGCUGGGUUUGUCGCAAAACCUAUGUGACCCCACGGAGACCCUUCGAGAAAUCGCGUCUCGACCAGGAGCUAAAGUUGAUUGGAGAGUAUGGGCUCCGGAACAAACGUGAGGUGUGGAGGGUCAAAUUUACCCUGGCGAAGAUUCGUAAGGCUGCCCGGGAGCUGUUGACGCUGGACGAGAAGGAUCCUCGGCGUCUGUUUGAAGGCAACGCUCUGCUGAGACGACUUGUUCGAAUUGGGGUGCUGGAUGAGGGCAAGAUGAAGCUGGAUUACAUUCUGGGCCUGAAGAUUGAGGAUUUCUUGGAGAGAAGGCUGCAGACCCAGGUCUUUAAGCUGGGCCUGGCCAAAUCUAUUCACCAUGCCCGUGUGCUCAUCCGCCAACGUCACAUCAGCCUUUGGAGCUGACAAAUGUGAGCUUACCCUUGAGGGUUCAGAAUCGUGCAAGCAGCUUAUGGGGGAACUGGGGACAGCCUUGUUUCCCCAUAGCCCAGCGCAAGGGUCACUGCGGCUCAAGCCGUACACCUUGUGAAGGUGUCUGCCAGGCAUGCAAGCAGCUGGACAGGUAACAGCUCUUGGUGACCCCUUGGAGGGAGAGGAUUGUUUGGAGUCAGUGUUGAGGUGACAAAGUAGUCACAUGGAGUUUGCCAUGUGAGGUACAAUGUAGAGACAUUCAUUGCUAUAUUCCUACUUGUUAAAUUACCAGUUGAUUAUCUACCUGUCUGAAGUGACUAGUGCAAAGACUCUAGGGUAAAUGGAACUUGCAUACUCAUUAACCCUUCUGUAAAUGAACACCAAUCAUGACAGUUAUAUAGAAUGUAGUCUCAAAUUUCUUCCUCACCAGCUUUCACUUAUGGGCAGAGAUAGACUCUUGUCUGAGGUGGUUUGAGGCCACAUGACAGUACAGUGUGGUCAAGAAGCAAACUGGUUUACAGGUUGUCAUAAGAGAUCUGAGUCAGUGAGGUCAGGAGUACUUGUGAGCCUGCUGUCAAAGGACAAUUGGUUCAGCCUCUCACUUUGUCUUCUUAACCUUUUCUUCCUGUUCAGGGUCCGCAAGCAGGUGGUGAACAUUCCAUCUUUCAUUGUUCGCCUGGACUCUCAGAAGCACAUUGACUUCUCCCUCCGUUCUCCUUAUGGUGGCGGCCGCCCAGGCAGAGUGAAGAGGAAGAAUGCCAAGAAAGGCCAGGGUGGUGCUGGAGCUGGUGAUGAUGAGGAAGAGGAUUAAUUAAUAUCUUGUUGCACUGGAGGAUUGUCUAGUUUUCCAGUUAACAAAUAAAACAGAAUUGAUACUUGG